UUGAUGUCAAUCAGUAUAAUGACAUUCGAAAUAAAGUUACUUGAUGGCAUUAUCUUACUCAGAAACGUAUAGUUGAAUCAAGUGAUAAUGUCCAUAAAAUAAAUUUAGCGAAGCUUCACAGCCCACCAGCAGCUCUGCCUGUGUUAUCAACCUACUUUUGAUGAUAACACUGAGAAGUCCAACCUAGCAGUGAGUGGGAUGGCGUCGCUGAAACAUACGGCUGGUUUGUGUUUGUUGGUAUUUUCGGUGAUCUUACAGGUGAAUCUGAGCGAACAUGCUCUUCCGUUGGUGAUUAACACCUGGGCUUUCACAAAUGCUACUCUGCGAGCUCAUCAAUCGCUGACGGUGGGCGAGUUUACUGCACUGGAUGCCCUAGUCGAAGGAUGUAGCGUUUGCGAGCGCGAGCAGUGCGAUGGAACGGUAGGUUACGGUGGGAGUCCAGACGAGAAUGGUGAAACCACAUUGGACGCAAUGGUAAUGGAUGGUACGACAAUGAACGUUGGGGCGGUGGCUGCGCUAAGAGAAAUCAAACAUGCCAUUGCCGUGGCACGGCAUGUAUUGGAAAAUACCAAGCACACGAUGUUGGUAGGAGACCAGGCAACGGAAUUCGCCGUUAUGAUGGGAUUUUCUAGAGAGUCUCUGCAGACGGAUCGUUCCAAAGGCAUGUGGCAGGAGUGGCAGAACAAUCACUGUCAACCGAAUUUUUGGGAGAAUGUCAUUCCAUCUCCGUCCACGUCAUGUGGUCCAUACGAACCGAUUUCAGCAAAUUCGAUUUCCCAUCAAUUAAUGAUGGGUUCAUCGAAUGAGAUAUACUCGCAGCAGGAAAUGUCGGACGAACCGCAGUUCGGUCGUUACAACCAUGAUACCAUAGGUAUGAUAGUAAUCGACACAGCGAGCCACGUUGUCGCAGGAACAUCUACCAACGGUGCCCGAAACAAAAUACCAGGCCGCGUGGGUGAUUCUCCCAUUCCGGGAGCGGGAGCAUAUGCAGAUUCCUCGGUAGGUGCUGCGGCGGCAACAGGCGAUGGUGACGUGAUGAUGCGGUUCAUGCCGUCUUUACUGGCUGUUGAAGGGUUAAGACAAGGACUGUCUCCACAGCAAGCGGGAGAAGUUGCCUUGGCGCGUAUUACAAAGCACUAUCCUAGCUUUGUCGGUGGUAUCGUGGUUGCGACAAAGCUGGGUGAAUACGGAGCGGCAUGUCAUGGAAUACCGGAGUUUCCCUACUCGGUUGCUGAGGGCCAUGGGCAGGAGAAAAAGGUGGUAGUGAAAAAAGUGUCCUGUGGUGGUAACAGAAACUGAAGAAUAUGUAUAUCAGUUUAAGCUCAGACUAAAAGACAUAAGGCUUAGAAUAAAAUCUCUAGUUUUGAAUCGUUAUUAUCUCGGUCGCGCUUUACAGCAGAUACUACAGACGCAUCAAAUUUGUGCUAAUCGAAAUAAAGGAAGUGUCAUCAAUGAUAUACAACGGUCCUGACUGCAUGCUAGUGUCUACAGAUUUAACAAUUUAUUUCCGUAACCCUUUGAAGGAAAAAAUAAACGACCAGGAUAUAGCACUUUUUCAACCAGUCAGUUAA